AGCGACGAGUAUCAACAGAGAUCUGCUCUUGCAGCGUCCCCGACACUGGCAUUUUAAAAACAGUUUAGACAGAGUAGAACAAUAUCUUAGAAGCUCCCUGUCAACAGGUGAUAUAACAACGAAUGAUGCCGAAGAAAUUAAAGACUUCAAAAUCCCAGAAGACAACUACAGUUCUGGAUGCUGUAGAAGAACCUCAGACAGCCGAGGGCUUCAGCAGGCCAACUCUCAGACAGCCCAGUGACCAGGGAAUUGUGAAGAAUAAGAAGAAAAAGAAGCUCAAACUUACUAAAGGGGAAAAGAAACUGGCAAGGCUGGAAAGAGCCUGCAAGGAUUUGCAGGCCAAGAGGGAUGAAUAUGAGCAGUUCCUGGAUCGCAUGAGCUCCUGGCUGCAGCAGCACCACCAGCGUGCAGUGGAGCUCUUCAGCUGUUUCGAUAAGAGUGGCACAGGACUGCUGAGUGCUGAGGACUUCCAGCUGGGUAUGCGGGACCUGGGGAUACCCUGUGUGGAGUUCCAGCUCCACCUGUUGGCCAGGCUGCUGGAGAAGGAUAACAGUGGGAAGAUCGACUACUUUGAAAUAAGCACCAGCUUGCAAAGGGCCAGACUGGCAGAUCUGAAACUCAAUAAGGAAGAGGAAGGCGUCAAAGAUGAGGUAGACACCAAAAUAGCUGAAGAAGAUGAAAAAGAAGAAGCAAGACGACUCGUGUGUGCAGAAGCCGACCACUUGGUGAUCACCAGAGAGACGCUGGAACGCUGCCCCGUUUGUCAGCUGGCGCUCUGGAAGCCAUCAGCCCCCAUCAGAGAGAGGUUCCUUCUCCUGAAUCUCAGACUCAUAGCUUUCGAUGGUGUUCGAUCUCACCCAGGGCAUUUCGAAGAUGUGGUUCCUUCCAGCAUCAAAGUAUAUGGACUAAUAAAUCGAAUACAGGGGCGAGUGGGAAUUGGAAGCAUCAGGCUGAAGAUCUUCAAGGAUAAUACAUACUCCCAGGAGUCCAUCCUCUCUCCUGCCAUCUCCCUUGAAGAAUCUGGCCUUGUGGGAGGUCCCCCAGAGUCACCCACACAAGUGACACUUUACUACGACUACAGUGUGGAGUUCGCCGACUGCUCCAUCAUAAACUGUGAUCAUUAUUUUGGGUUAAGGCGUCAUUAGGUUUUACAUCAUCUUAAGUCCUGCAUGUCCUCUUCUUUGGGGUAUACAGUCAUGAUUCAUGAUAAGAGUCAUAAGUCUGAUUUUUAAUUGUUGUCAUUAAUUUACAUAAUGUACAAAAGUUUAAAUAAGAACAAACUAAGAUUAAAUGUAAAUAUUAAACAAACCACUAAUCUAAAAACCUAAAAGACAACCCUCACAAUCAAACAUACAACCAGGAGGAAGAAUUAAAACAUCAUGUGAAUUUUAUGAAAAUAUAACUGUUAAAACCACUGAAGUAUUGGACUACUGUAAUCAUUUACAGUAUCAAUUUACACAGAGAGGCACAGUUAUAUCAAUACUUUUUUUCUUCCAUCAUUUUAUUGGUGG